AUGUCAAAAGUUCAAGCCUCUGUCGUUAAAGUUCCAGACAGUGAACUCAUUGAAUUUCUUCAACGUUACAUUCGACGUAAGAGGAAAUAUUAUGCCAUCGUUGAAUUUAUACAGUCAGGAAUGCAAAAGACUUCUGAGGAGAUGGAAAGAAUUAUUAACAAACACCACUUACGUCAGUACUCAGGAGUUUACGAUAUGAAACGACUUACAAACUACAUUCUGUCAAAACUUUCAAAAUACCCCUUCAAAAAAUAUCCAUCAAACACUUUAUUAGUUUGUGACGACUUCGCCGGAAAAGGUUUAGUGUCAAAACCAGACUCACCAUUAGCUAACAUCAUUACUAAAGUCAGACAUUACCACUUAACUGUAGCAAUACUUAUGCAAACAUGGAGGUUUUUAGCUUUAAACAUAAAACGUCUCAUAACUGACUUCGUUAUCUUUCAAGGUUUCUCACGCUAUGACAUUGAACUCAUUUGGAAACAGUCAGGUAUAACAUUACCUUUUGAAGAAAUUUGGGAAGCAUAUAAGUCUCUCAUCUCUCCUCGUUCAUACCUUGAGAUUCAUAUCAUGACUAAUACCAUUAAAGUCAAAAAUAUUCCAUGGGAACGACCAACAUUGUUUUAA